CGCUUCCUGGCCGGCCCAGGCAGGCGCCUCAGGCCCCGUUCCAACUCUGAACCGCUAUCCGCUCAUCAUCAUCAGUCACCGGUGAAGACACACCGAGUCCUCCGCCCCCGGUCCGUGAGGAGCUGCCGCCGCCGGUAUGAGUGGAUGAAGCGGCUGAGAUCAGCAGAGAGGUCCCGGGACUCGGUGCUCGCGUUGGAGCUGGAGGCGUCGGUUGAGGCGGAGCGGCCGUGGUGAUGGUGUUGGACUCAGGUGAAGUCUUCAUGGAUCAGGUUGAGGGUGAAAGUGUCGGGAGCAGCAGGAGCUUGUUGGAGCCAGAUGUUCGGGCAGAUCGUCCCAAAGUGCCCAGAUCGCCGUCCAAAAGGAGCAAUGUUGCCAAGAAGGAGAAGGUGUCCCACAACGGACUCCCGGCCCAGACAAACAGCGGCCAGGUAGCACAGAGGAGGACGUCAUCAUCAUCAUCAUUGUUAAAAAGUGGAGCUGCGCCCAGACCGCCCCUACGUCGCCCCCUCAGCCUGGAGAUGACGCCUCAGCGCCUGCGAGGGUCUCAGGAGCACAUGGCCGACAGGCGGAUCGUGCAGCCUCCUUGGCGCAGUGGUUCAGCCGCCCCCUCGCCCCCGGCUCGCAGCCUGACCAGCCCCAGCCUGGGCGCAGGCGGCUGGAUGCGCCGCAGUGAGAGCACCUGCUCGGUUAAUUACUCCCUGGGGAUGCGGGCCGGCAAGGGGCAAAUGCGACCUGCCACCUCCCUGCCACACAUAGCUAAGGGGGUGGGGAUGGGGAGCAGGUCGCUGCCGACAUCAUCCAGGCCGUGUCUGCUCGUCGCCCUCAGGCCUCUGAACCUGGAGCAGGAGAAGCAGACGUUCUUCCAGUCCGACUACAAGUACGAGCCUCAGUUUGAGUACGCACAGCCGGAGCCCAAGAGCGUGUUGGAGAAGUACAAGGAGGGCUCAGGCCUCUUCCUCGAACAGGCGGUUGGAAUCAUGGAGUGCGUCCUGAGGAAGUUUGGCUCCUAUGAGAACUUUGAGGAGGUGACAGGCGGCAGCGUCCUCCCUAAAAGUCAAGUCUGGGCUGCUGUACGCAAAUAUCUGCAGAAAGAAGGCUGCGUCGGGGAGGUGGUGGUGCGUCUGUCUGACGAGCUGCUGUCUCAGGCGGUGAUGGUGGUGGAGAGCUGUCGUCCCACUCUGACCAUCAACCUGGCCGGAGCUCGACAGCACUGGCUGGAGGGGAUGCUGCGACAUGAGAUCGGUACACAUUACCUGCGCGGGGUAAACAACAACCUGCAGCCGUGGGCGUCCACUGAGGGCAGGAAGCAGUUCGGCCUCAAACCGGCCAAUCCCACGGAGGAGGGCCUGGCCAGCCUGCACAGCGUGUUGCUACGGAAACAGCCCUACCUGUGGCGUGCAGCGCUGCUCUACUACACGGUGUACCACGCCACCAGCAUGAGCUUCAGCCGGCUCUUCAGCCACAUCGCUCGCUUCGUCCAGGACCCGGACGUCCGCUGGGAGUACUGCCUGAGAGCCAAGAGGGGACAGACGGACACCUCACAGCCCGGCUGCUUCAGUAAAGAUCAGGUUUACCUGGACGGGAUCCUCCGAAUCCUGCGACACCGAAGGAACAUCGACUUCAAGAUGUUGACCUCUUUGGGAAAGGUGUCUUUUGAGGACGUGGAGAGGCUGCGUCACUUUGCCGUCCUCCAACGUACCAGAAUCCCGCACUUCAUGCGUGACCAGGAGCGUUACCUGCAGCACCUGGAUCACAUCGUCGCCGUCAACGAGCUGGACGAUUCAACGCUGCAAGACCUGCUGCCCUGACCCCCCCCCCCCCCCCCCCCCCUCCCUGCACCACCUGAACCCAAGAAGAAGAAGAAGAGCUGGAGGUACACAGACUGUAACACGUGGUGCGUUCAAUGUCACUUAAAAACAUCCAGUAUUAUCGAUGCUUCAUUUGAGCGAUUCUUUUUUGUAAAACUUGAAUGAGACGAACAAAAAGGGACGUACACACUAACACCUCUAUCUACAUCUUCACUUUCGUCCAAUGCAUGUCCCUCCUCCUCCUCGCCUUUACUCCUACUAUGAAGUUACCUCAAUACUGCAACUCUACGAUGUAACCAACAUUAUAUAUGUCGACUCAUACAUAAUCACUGCGCCUGUACACUGCUAACAUGUCUCGUACAGAUUCAAACAUAAUCACAUGCUUUAUUUAUGCAAUUAUUUAAGUUUUUUACUUUGAGAGAACAAACUGAAUGUCUCUGGUUUUAGCUUUAUACAUUUUUAUUUGUGUUUUUAUGCCUUAGAUUGUUUGCAUUUUAAAAAAAAGGACACCAAGGACAUUUCAAAAACCCGGGGAAGUCCGAACUGAGACCGAGAAUCUUUACGAUAUCAAGUGCCAGAGGACUCAGUCAAGUAUUCAAACGUUCCCCGGGGGGAUUUUUUAAUUAUCAGUGUUAUUGAGCAGAUAAUCAGCUGUGUUGUUUCUGUCUUAACAGUGUCCUUGGUGGUCUUUUCAUAUCAGUAUGCUACUGUGAUGUGACCCCGUCCCUGAGCUCCCCCCUCUGCAGAAACCAAACCUGCUUUUGCUGCGUUAAAGGGACACAGUUCAGACGCUUUGGGAAAUGUGCUUAGUAGCUUUUGUGCAGGAGGUUAGAUGACACGCUCAAAUCUGUCUGUUCAGUGUGUGGAUUUAGAAAGAGACCUGGAUACCACAUUGGAGGCGGGGCCCUGGAUGUAAAAUGGCUUCUGCACUCAGGGGCCCAUAGAGCAGGCACACAAGAUGCUUCGCUGGCCAAGCAGCGAACCUCCAGUUUAGUGCUCCACUAACUUAAAUGGGGUUGAGAUGAUUUAGACUCCUCUAGACUAAAGAAAUGUCAUCGGAUUGAAUGGAUCAAAUCCCGAUAGUGCAACGAGUCACUCUGGGGAGGGAUGAGACGCUCAAAAAAAUGUAUCCACUAAUUUACAGACGUCUGGUUCACAGUUUAAAUCUGUGGGGAAGAGUCUUUUUGGGCCCCAGGGCAUCACGUGACAGAACAGGAAGUGGUAGAUACACGUUUUGCAUCGAUAUCAUUGGCUCCAAAGUCCAGUGUACUUCCCACGGGCCUGUUUGAUGUAGACAACUAGGGAUAGACCUAUAUGGAUUUUUUUAGGGCCGAUGCCGAUACCGAUUUUUUUCCAUCACCCUUAGCCGAUGACCAAUUAUGGACUGCCGAUAUUUGGGGCCGAUACU